UGGUUAAAAAUAUGUUAUGAAUGAAUAGAUCGAAAAUGGCAAAUCAAAAUGAUUUUGAACUCGCAAACAUGGCCGAAUUGUCUGUUCAAGAUCACAUAGAAGAUGAGGAUGUCCGAGAAGAGGAUAGCAAUCAGUCACCAGGGGAUACACAUGGUUCAACCAAAUCACUCAAGUUUGAUGAUGAGGCUUUAGCUGAGACUACACAUGGAGAAAAAACACAAUCCUUAGCUUCGGAGUCUAAGGAAUCCACACAAUUAAACACACAGUCCGAUGAAGAUCAGCCUGCUGAAAUAAAAGAUAUGAUUCUUGGAGCAAAGGACAGCAUUCCGUCACCAGGGGCAUUAAAGGAUGAGUCAACCCAUUCACUCAAUAUGGAACCCGGGGUCAUGACUACGCAAAGAGCGACUGCCCAGUUACCCAAUACAGAGCGUAAGGCGAAGACGUGGUGUUGCGUUUUGGUGGGCACAAAAUGUAAACAAAUCCUUGAAGACGUGCCACUUUUGUUAGCAAAUGGUUCUCAAUUAAGAGCAGUUUUUGAGCUGGACGAUACAAACCGAUAUUAUAUUCAUCUACUCACGCUAGUUAGUCUAUCGUUAAUAUCAUACAUAUUGCUCGUGUUUUUCACUGUAAUUGGAUGGUAUUUACAAAAUGAACACACUAUAGCAUUGAAAUCAGGACAGAAAUAUAAAUUUAAAAAGGACAGGGUAAACAUGGUAAAGUAUUGCUGUUGUUGUACUAAAAAGUACCAUAAGGAUGAAUGCAACGAAAGCGAUCUGUGUCAAUGUCCAUAUUGCCAUGCUAAUUUGUACCUUAAUAGCACAUGUUAUAUUCUUGUCUUUAUGACAAUCUGUGCUAACAUUGGGAUUACAGGGAUUGGAAUUUCUGUGGACUGCAGUUAACAUAAGAAUAUAUGUUAUUUGUUAUGAGUUGGGAAAAGAACAAUUUACAUAUCAGUACAUAUUUCACUUUUCAGAAAACAAUGCUUAAAUUUACUAAAUAAAAACAAAGUUACCAAACACUUUAUCUUAAAUGUUUCAAUCAAAUUUUGUAAAUAAAUACAUAAAUCUACAUAAAUUUAAAAAAUCUUGUCUUUAAAUGAAGCUAUAUAAAAUAAGGUGACGAUAAAUCACCAGUUUUGUCAAUUGCAUUGAAUAAAAUGUAAUAAAUUUUCCGUACAAUGUUCAUUGAUAAACAUUGUAUUUCCUUCACUCUACCUACUGAACUGAUAUAUACUUAGUAGCUUUGUAGCUACCGACUGACUGAUCCCAACAAGAAUGCACUCAUAACAUGACUUUAUCUCCCAUAAUUAUUGAGGAAAAAGUGCAACUGACUGACGGCAUUUUCAAAUACAUCUGAGAAGAUGAUAAUCAAGCCUACAUUACAUUGAACAGUCCUUAAUCGGAUAAAAAAGAAAGAGAAUACAAAAAUCAUGGCAACAAAUGACAGUCAAGGAAGGUACAAAAAGAACAGUUGAGCUACAUUACGAAUUACGAAACAUUACGAAACUUACGAAUAACUGACACGAACCCUCCAAUACUACAAAAAUGUAAAGAAGAUUUGAAUUUCAAAUUUGCAAAUAACUAUAAUUGUUAGUUAAUCAACUUUUGUUUCACUUUUAUCUG